AUGAUUCAGAAAUAGACUACGAACAUAGAGUCAACUGCAAUGGAAGGUUCAGCUAAAAAUAACAUAAAUAAUGACGGAUUUAAAAAGAAAUGCACAGGGGAUGAUCCCUUUGGCUUCGGUGAUGAUGGAGACUUAUUCGGUGAGCUGGACAAAUAAUGUAAGCCACUUCUCAGAAAAGGGACCUAAAUGCCUUAAUUCAAAGAAAUUAGUUUGGAUUUCAUUGAUGAAGAUAAAAUAAAAGAACUCUCACCAUCAAAGAAAGGAUAUAGAAAAUUUUCCACGUUCUUAUAAGGUGAAAAGCAGUUCAAUUUCAAUAGUCAUUAUUUACGAGCAUAAGAAUUCGAAAUAGUUAAGGAAGUUGAUGAACUUAGUUCUUAGAAGAAAAUCUUUGAUAAAAAAAUUGAAGAAUCUAAUAUUAGCUAAGAUCUCUAUAGCAAUAUUAAUUUGAACAAAAAGAAAAAACAUUCAGAUAAUUCCAUAUUGCAUAAACUUGCUUAAAAGACAUUUUAAAAUGAGAUAUUUGAUCCAGUCGAAAAUAGCAGGAUACAACAUGUUCAAAAUACAGCAAAUAAUAUACCUGAGGAAAACUCAUUACUAAAGCCAAUAAAAAACCGAGGAUCUUUCAGAAGGAAAACUGUAAGAUAAAAUCAGUCAGAGCUCUAGAUGCCUGGCAUGCUAGGAAUACAGAAAUUAAAGUCAAAGUCAAGAAGUAAAAACAGAAAAAGAAAUUCAAGCUAAUUUAAGAAAAAUAAGCUCAAUCCUGAUAAUAUAAAGAAUAAGUAAUAUGAUGAAUCUGAUUUACUAAAACUAAAAAAAUGUGAAUCUUCAGUAAAUUUUGUUGAAGAAAAAGCACAAGAAUAAGAACUUCCUCAAUUAAAACUUAGUAAAAUACACUCGGAGGCACCUAGGCGUCAUAACUUAAUAAUUGAAGAUAAUAAAGUGUCUAAUUAAGACUAAAAGCUCUAGCCCAAAAAGCAAACUACAGUAUUUGAUAAGAUGAAAUCUAGAAUGCCUUAUAACUAAAUCUUACUCUCAGAUUUAAAAUAUAAGGAUUUUUAUGCUGAAUCACUCUAUGAAGCUAUUUUCACUUUCCCCAAAUUUUAACGCACUCUAUCUAAGAAUUACAAGAAUGUUUAAAUGUCCUACAGAAAAGUCACUAAAAAGAAGAAGACAAUUGUCUUUGAUAUAGAUGAAACUCUAGUCUUAGCCACAACUAAUCCAAAAGAACUGAAAUCGAUAGAUGAUUAAAUAUUCAUUAAAAUGACUAGAUUUGGUGGAUCAGCUCGAGCAUAUCUAUCUUUUAGACCUUAUCUUCAUGACAUGUUGGAUGAACUUUCUAAAGACUUUGAACUGAUAUUAUAUACUUGUGGAACAGCUUCUUAUGCAUAAGUUUUUGCAGAAGCAGUUUAAAAGAAGAGAAAGUAUUUUAAUCACAUUCUUAGCCUUACUCAUUGUCUGUAUUCUAUGGAAAAUGAAAUGUUCAUUAAGGACUUAAAGAUUCUUGAAGAGGGAAGAUCUCUUAAGGAUAUAGUAAUAGUUGACAAUAAUAUUUAAAGUUUCUUCUUACAAUUAUCAAAUGGAAUACCUAUUUAUGACUAUACAGGGGAUAAAAAUGAUGAAGUUUUAUUAUCUCUCACUGAAUACCUAAAAUAAUUUCUGCAUGUUGAUGAUGUAAGAUAAAAAAUAGACAAGGAUUUUCGCAUAAAAGAACUUCUAGAAGAAAAAGCUGACCAUUAUAUGAGUAACUGA